GAUGUGACGUCACGAAGUGGUGAUGACGCAACAGAAGAACCCACUUCAACAUGGUAUGUGACAUCACAGAGGAUCAAGCAGGUCAUGGCAUAAAACAAGAAUGAAGAAAAGUCAGCGAAUAAAGCUGCCGAAGAAAAGCGCAAGACGAAGAACAAAGACGAAGACGCCGAUAAAUUUUUGGGGGGUUUAAGAAAUUGAAGUUGUGCCAAUUGUGACGAUGACGGAAAAAUCUCCACAACUUGACACAGAAAUGCUUAUGAAGAUAUUUUACCACUACCGCGACCUUUCUGUUGCUAUCAUCAGUGUAUUCGGAGAACAUCGUUCAGGAAAAUCUUUUCUACUGAAUUUAUUGGGUCAAUACAUUUUAAAAAAUCAGGAAAACCUUAAAUCAAGACCACCCGAGGUAAAAACUUUGUACACAUAUACCGAGUGUCAGGUCGAAAUAAAGAAGGAUGAGUCCUCCAUUUGGUUUGAUCAAAAUGCCAAACUCAAGAAAAUAUUUCAUUGGAAAGGGGGCACUGAACCAGACACAACUGGAAUUCAUAUGACCAGCAAGCCGUUUAUGUUGAAGGAUGAAAAAGGGCAGGACGUUGCUGUGUUUUUGAUGGACACUCAAGGAUCAUUUGAUAAAAGAAUGACUGCCGGAGACUGUUCAACGAUAUUUGCAUUGAGCACUUUACUUAGUUCUGUCCAAAUCUACAACUUGCCAUCAGGAUUGAUUCGUGAAAAUGAUUUGCAACACGUAGGGGUAUUUGCAAGCCAAGCCAAGGAUGCAACAAAAAGCAAGGAGAAUGAAGGUUCUGCUCCCUCUACCAAACUACCGGGUCUUAUGUUUUUGGUUCGUAAUUGGCAAAUGGAAGAUUAUGAUCCUGGUAGUGAAGGUGGGAUGAAAUACUUGAGCAAAGUUAUGGAAGCGGAUCAAACUGAAAACAUAGAUGUUCGAAAAAAGAUAAUGGAAAGUUUUGCUAAUGUCAAAUGUCAUUUAUUGCCACAUCCUGGUAAGAAAGUGACAAGACAGAAAGGAAGUAAGGAUUCCAAACUUAAAGUUUCAGAUAUAGAUGAAGACUUUCUUGAAGCACUGGAUGAUCUGGCCAAGUGUUUGUUCUCAAAUAAGAAUCUGGUUGUGAAGCAAUUAAAUGGGGAAUCUUGUUCAGCAGAAGUUCUUAUGGGACUUGCAAUGGAAUUUGAUAAGAAAGUAAAAAAUGGCGAAUUACCUAAAGUCCAAACAAUAAUGCAGAUCACUCAGAAGAUUGGUUUUCUUAAGAAAAUCGAGGAUAUUGAAAGUGAAUGUGUUGCUGCAAUGGAGUUGAAGGCAGGGGAAAAAUACAUUCUCGAAGAGAUAUUGCAACAAUGUUAUAAAGAUUGCUCUGCAAGGGCCUUGCAGCAAUAUGAUGCACUUAAGGUGCCAGAGAAAGAUGACAAUUUAAAACUCAGAACAAGCUUGGUCAACCAUUUAAGAUCUAAACAUGCAGAAUUACAACAAACUAACAAUACAAGAAAGGUACAGGAAAAUAACAAAAUUAUAGAGAAAGGUGAAGUUGCAGGGAAUGUCUAUUUGAAAGAAAUGGAAAAGAUUGCAUGUGGAAAGUAUUUAGAGGAUGUUACUACAGCAAGAGCAGAAGCUGAAACAAAAGCACAUGAAGCAUUCAAAACAUCCACUAGUGACUGCAACCAGGACCUGGUAAAGGAGUGUGGGCAAGAUCUACACAAUGCUAUUCAAAUAAAACAUGGGGAAUUUGAAAAGCUUAAUAAAGACCGAUUGGAAGCUAUUCGACAAAAUUUACAAACAAAAGUAGCUGAAUAUAGAAUGGAGUAUGUGGUUAAGAUGGACAAGGAAAUUGAAAAGACCAAGACAAUGGAUGAUUUAAAAGCUGCACAUCAACGUAAUUUUAAAAGCUUAAUGGUCAGAUUUAAUAAAUCUGUAUUUGGAGAAUAUCUACAAUGCCAAGAAGAAGAAUUACAAUCUUUGAUGGAUGGAAUGUUUGAAUGCUUUCACAAAUACGAAAGAAAAAGAGAGUCACAGCAAGCUGAGGAGGAAAAAAAACUAAAAACAGAGGAAGAAAAAAACUUACUUGUUACAAAACGCAAACAGCUGGCAACCAAAUAUUCUGAGGCAUUUCAGCACCUCAAACAAAGAUAUGUAGACGUUGGUACUCUUGAAGCAAUUCACAAAAAAGCUGAGUGUCUACAAUUGCUAGAGUACAGUAAUUUUCAAAAAGGACUUACAUUUAUCAAAAAUUUUUCGCAAGAUCCAAGCGAACUCAAGAAAGAAAUUCAACAGAUGUUUGAGCAAGCAAAAACAAGAAACGCAGAAAACAAGAAACGUGUAGAAAGAAGCCUUGAUGUGUUUUACGCAGAAUUGUCAUCAGAUUACUUACGAGAAAUGAACCAGGCAUCUGGUGAAGCAAGUGAAGAAACUCUUGAUAAACUGCACAAGAAAAUUGUAUCUUCGGUAACAGCAAAAUUGAAAAGCAAGGUUCCUUUUACAAGUAUUCGAGAAAAUGCAAUUGAAACCUGUGAGAAAAAUUUGAAAAAGAAGAGAAAAGAUGUGAAGGCAGCGGGUGUAACUUACAAAGGUGUCUUUAAGCGGGCAGCACUAGGUGCAACAACAGGUGGCUUGUCUGGGGGUUUGUUUGGCCCUGUUGGUGCAUUGUUUGGUGGUGCUGUUGGAGCUGUAGGGGGUGCUUUUUCCGGUACAGAAGGUCCAGUUAAUGUUAGUGUAGACAUAUUAAAAUGGCCAUCUAUUCGUAGAUUGCAGUCUCUUAACCUGUAGUGGGAAUGAUAGAUCAUGGUUUUAUAUAUUCGUAUGCUUCUAGAUAUAUUGGGUUGAUGUGACCUAUUUGUUUGUAGCAUAGUCUUCGCUCUCGUUUUCGAAAAGAUAGAUAAAAGUUAUGUGAUACUAUUGUAUACAAAGUUUUAAAAAUUGUCUUUUAACGCCUUUGCGUCUUGUUUCCACCGUGUGAAUAAAAUAUAAGAAUUAAAG